AUGGGGAGUAGUAAGACAACAGGAAAAUCAUUAAAGCAUGACCAACCAACCUUGAAUGGUACAGAGAAUCUCAAAACAAGACAGACGAAAUAUGAAGGUAGGGAGCUUUAUAAAAAUUUGGGAUGCCCGAAGAAAAUUGUAGCACCCAUGGUUGAUGGGUCGGAUCUUGCCUGGAGAAUAUUAUCUAGAAGAUAUGGCGCAGAUUUAUGCUAUUCUCCGAUGCUCCAUUCUAGGUUGUUUGCCGAACAGGAAAAAUUCAGAGAUACGGUGCUUUCACCUUUAGAUGGGAAACCUGGUCUUGAUAGACCACUUAUAAUACAAUUCUGCGGAAAUGACCCCGAUGUACUUUUAUCUGCAGCCAAACAUGUGGCGGGAAGAUGCGAUGCUGUUGAUAUAAACUUUGGUUGUCCUCAAGGUAUUGCAAAGAGAGGCCAUUACGGCUCUUUUUUGAUGGAAGAGUGGGACACGGUUUACAAUUUAAUUCACAAACUACACACAGAAUUGGCAAUUCCGGUCACGGCCAAAAUUCGGGUGUUUGAUGACUGGGAAAAAUCGCUUGAAUACGCCAAAAUGUGCCUCAAUGCCGGUGCACAGUUUCUUACAGUUCAUGGUCGCACACGAGAGAUGAAAGGACAAAGGACAGGAAUUGCAAAUUGGAAACUUAUUCGCUAUCUUCGAGAUAACCUUCCAGAAGAUACAGUCUUUAUAACUAACGGAAAUAUUCUGUAUCAGGAUGAUUUAGAACGGUGCAUCCGGGAAACAAAGUGUGAUGCUGUAAUGUCGGCCGAGGGAAAUCUUACGAAUCCGGGAAUAUUUUGGACAAAGACAAAUGAUAUUGAUAAGCAGUUUCCCAGGGUGGACAAGUUUGUUCGGGAAUAUUUCGAGAUUGUUAAAAGCUGCGGCGAAGGAGAAUCAAAAAGAUGCUUUAAAACACAUCUAUUUAAAGCACUUCAAAAAUUCCUUUCAACAAGAACAGAUAUAAGGAUCGAGAUUGCCCGAAUCACGAGAAAGACUUCGUGGGAUGAACUAGACAAAAUUGUGGGGCUGAUUGAAAAAGCAGUUCAGCAAAUAUACCUGCAGAAGGACAUGGACGAAAUUGAUCAAAUUAAAGUAGGAAAACUUGAGAAUUGGGGCGGAAGAUACAGAGAUGUUCCAUACUGGAGGCUGCAACCAUAUUUCAGGAAGAUAGAUGGUGUUGAUGGGCGUGAAGUGAUAAAAGAGCUAGUGAAAAAGAAUGAUGAAUCGAAACUGAUAGAAAACUCAGACACACAGCACAAUUCUAUAAAACGCAAAGCUGAGGAUCAAGUUAAGCUGGGGAGCACUAUGAAAAAACGUUACCAACGUACAUAG